UGCUUCUUCGUCAUUCUUCUGUGCAUUAUUUGAUUUGAUUAUUGACAUUAUUUCUUAUUCUUUGUUUCGCAUUUGCAUUUGCUGACGUUGUGGUUUGUGCUGUGAGUUUUAUUUACAUAUUGAAUAGAAUAAUGGAUGGAACGAUGCCCAUUAUGCAUAUAACUGGUCAAACGCAUUCUCUGGUAGUAGAUGAAAGCGGAAAUAAUAUCACAGUGGAUGAUGUUAACGGCGUUAAAACUGUUUUAUUAUACAGUAAUAAUGACAAAGAAGUCAUUACUGUGCCAUUAACAGAAGGUAUUGCCAAAGAAUUUGUACUUCUAGAAGUAAGAAGAGAUGGAACCAAUCCAAGAGGUACAGAGGAGAUUACUUCUCAGACAAUUCAAGAGAGCCGCGAAGAUUGUGAGCAAAUAAAAAUUUGGACAACAAAUAAUACACUUUAUUUAAUAGAGUGUGUAGAGAAAUUUGAUAAAGAAUUUUCAUCUGGAAUUAAAAAAAAUGUUUGGCAGAGAGUUGCCGAAUUACUAAUUUAAUUUAGUAAUUAUUUUUUUAAAAUAAA